AUGUUUUUUCAUCUCUCAAAAAUAAUAUUUUUAUCAAUUUCAUUUACCUUAACAUAUUGUUGUAGUGCAACAUCUUCAAAAAAUGUUUAUUCAACAGGUGUAAAAGGAAUCGUUACAUGUAAUGGUACCCCAGCUAAAAAUGUAAAAGUACAAAUAUAUGAUAAAAAUGCUAUUGGUAAAGAUACAGAAAUUUCCUAUGGAUUUAGUGAUGAAAAGGGACGUUUUGGUAUUAGAGGAAAUGAAAAAGUUGUUAUAGGAAAUUUUAAUCCAUAUUAUGCAAUAACUCAUAACUGUAAUAAUGAUAAUCAGAUAUGUAAAAGAAAAUUUACCAAUGAAAUUAAUAAAAAGUAUAUAGAAAAAAAUACUCGAUCAUAUGAUGUAUAUGAUGCAGGUGUCAUUGAACUUGCUCCAAAACGAUCAAAUGAAUUAAGGGAUUGUAGUGUAUGA